AUGUUUGCAUCGAAAGCGAUCAAAUUUGCAAUCUUCCUUCAAAUUGUUCAAGUCGUUAGGGCUGAAGUUGUUUGUAAUGGAGACGACUGGAAAAACCAAAAAGAUUGUGAAAUUAUUAAACACGGGGUAAUGGAUUUCAAAUUCAAAUCUAUCAAAGGUGAGUUCGAUCUUGGCUGGCUACAUCAUAAUUAUAAUUAGAUUUUCCAAUUUUUCAGAUGUCGAGGACAUCAAACAUAAAUUGCAAACCAUCAAAGAAAUCCGAAAUGGAAUCCACGUUGAUAUACCAGAUCUCGUUACAUUCGACUACUUGCCUAAUGUGAAUACAAUCAAAAAUGAAGAUGGUCCCGCUAUCAAAUUUUCAAAUCACCAAAAUUUUCAAAGCAUCAAAUUCAAGAGUUUGACAACAUUGAGCGGUAAACCUUCGGAUUUUUUAUUUGAAAACGACAAGUUUAUGAAAAUAUCGUCAAAACGCAGUGAAGAUUUGCUAGAAAUAUAUUUUCAAACCCAACCUGUUUCUCAACACCAAACUUGCUCUGAUAAUUUCAAAUUCGUCGAUGUUUUUUAUCACGAUAUUAUUGUUAAAGCUGAAUUCCCCCAAUAUUAUUUCUAUAUUGUUCUUUUUCUUACCAUAAUUUUUGCCUUGAGCUUUCUCAUAAUGGGUUAUAAGGCUUUUCAAGCACGCAGACUUUGGAAAGAGGCUCUCAAAAAACAAGAUGGUGCUGGAAUUGGUGCACCGAAUGAAGAACAUUUUGAUAAUGUUUCGCCAAUGGGAAAACCUGGAAUGGUUUAG